AUGGAACGGCGGUGGCAAGAUUUGGAAGUAGCAGUCGAUGGCACAUGCACCUGGAUCUUCGAGAACGAAGCCUACCGGACUUGGCGCGAAUUCCAAGACCCAAGAAUACUUUGGGUUAAAGGCAUUCCUGGUUCGGGAAAGUCGAUCCUUCUCAAGCAUGUUCUCACGAAGAACCACUUGUCUGGCUCCUCGGAAGAAGGAAGCGUCAUAAUAUUGUCGUGCUUCUUCCAUAACAGAGGUAGCUCCCUACAGAAGACUCGUCUUGGGCUAUACCAAUCUCUCCUAUAUCAACUCCUGUCCGCUAUACCGGAGCUUCUCGACUCAUCUCGUAUUCUUGAAAAGUAUUUCGAGAGGGUCGAAAGGGGUUUCACACUGGAUGGCAAGUGGAGUUGGGACUGGAAGGAAGUGGCCACACACCUCGACAUGUUUCUCAAAGCAGCUUCCCAGCACAAGCCGGUACGUAUUUUCGUGGACGCCGUAGACGAAUGUGGCGCAUCAGAAGCUGCUGCACUCGUCCAACACUUGGAGUAUUGGACACGUCAACCCGCAAAUCCCCGUUAUGGUGUCUGGGUCUGCUUCUCGUGCCGUCACUAUCCAAACUUGAACCUCCAGCAGAACUUUUCCUCGGCAUGCCUCGAAGAUGAGAACCGAGAGGACAUCAAAUUGUAUGUCUAUGCGAGGCUGUCAGAGUCGAAUAUUCUGAAGGACCAAGAGAUAUUUGCAUCUAUUGUCGAUGGAGCUGCAGGCAUGUUUAUGUGGGCUCGUCUAGUAACAGCCCAUGUUCUGCAGCUCGAGAAGUCGAAGAAGCCUUUGGACAUCAUUCGCGAGAAAAUUGCCCAACUAUCGCACAAGGAUCUCGACCAGAUAUACGAUGAAAUCCUAGAAAAGAUGCAAAACAAGGAAAAAUCGCUUCAUCUCGCGGAGCUGCUAUGCCUUGCCUUUCGCCCGUUGAAGCUGGAAGAGUUGGCCUGGGCCAUACCUUUUCACACUUCCCAAAACUAUCCCUCAUCACAGUCGAUCGAAAAAGCAAAGAAAUACCAAUUUUCUACCACCCUCAUGUGCGACGAGCUCUCUACACUUAGCCAUGGCUUGGCCGAGUGUGUCGCUGGCAAGGUUCAAUUCAUCCACCAAUCCGUUCGGGAUUACUUCCUUGACACAGGACUAAGAAAAUUAAGGCAACUGUGUGGCAAAGCGGAUGGAACCCAAAACUCAAAUGAGCUUGCAAUAGCCCAAGCCCACAAGGGGAUAAGCAUGAUGUGUUUAAAAUACUUGGAACGGGCGAAGCUCUACUGCCCAUUACGAAAUCCAGGUGGUACACUUUUAGCUCAUAAACGAAGUAAAUGGGGUGGGCAUCAGGAUCUUCAAGAUGACUUCAUCAGAUACUGCUCGCAAUAUUGGCCGUAUCAUGCUCGGCAGAGUGAGGCUGGGGGUGUUGAUCAAAACUAUCUUCAAGAGCAUUUUGGCAAGGAUUCGCAAAUCCUAGAAUACUGGCUUGAUAUUCGGUACUUGCUAUCGCCCAGCCUGGACGACAUGCUGGUAGAAGUGUCAGCGAUUUGUCACUAUAACUUCUGCUCAAAUGAUCAUUAUCCAGAAUGCCUACGUGAGACCGAUUUGCCACAUGGCAAAACCAACUUGUUUCAUGUUGCUGCGAGAUUCGGAAUGUGGUCGCUCUAUCAGGAGCUAAGUGCUACCAUUGGGAAAGAUUUUAACAGUGGUGACAAUUUCGGUCACACAGUGUUAUCCCUAGCUGCCUUUGGAGGGCAUGUCGAUAUUGUCCGGGCGAUUCUCCAAGACGAGCGACUAGUGUUAGAGGCAGCAACAAAGUCCAGAUUCCGGCCCGUGACGCCACUUGUCGCCGCCGUAAGUAAUGGACAUGUCGGUGUGGUGCAAGAGUUGAUCAAAGUUGAACAUGGAAUCGAUCUCAACGCCAACAUGUUGAGACAACGCCCUUCUGACUGGAUUCAGUGUAAACAAAGGAAGAUGCUUCGUACAAUUUUCAAAGACGUGGAAAGAAUCCCGAAUCCAAUUGGCACGUUGCAAAGAAAACUCAAAUCGCUCGCUAGGAAACUUGAGCCCGAGCAUGAUAUCCCCGAGAAAGCCAAGAUCAGUCUCGGUCAUCUAGGGGUACCAAAAUAUUUGAGCCAAACAGCCAUCACGACUUGGAGAUGCGCCUCACGCAAAAUCAUAGAGGCGGAAGAUAUUAAGCCUACAAUAAGUCUUGCAUACGGCGUUAGCGACCUUGUGGUGAAAUUAUCCGGAGCUACUGCACUUCAUUUCGCUGUGUCUUCCGGCGAGAUUGAGAUGACAAAGAUGCUGGUGGAGUCACGUCGUAUCGAUAUCAACGGCAUGAUGACAGAAGGCAUGACCCCUUUAUGUUUUGCUGCAUGUGAAGGGAACGCAACUAUCGCGAACUAUCUACUUGCGCAGGGAGCCCAUCCAUUUCUUGGCAAUGGUAACUAUAUCGGAGCAUCACUCCAUCACUUUCGCCACCGCCACUAUAUGGAAACAGCCUUGUACAACUGCUUGAACGGUACGCACAGAAGUAAGAAAACGGCCACUGCUCUUCUCAAGAGUGCUAUGAAACAAAAGCUUCCACGCCGGCUUGUUCCUCUCCACCUGACUGCUGCGGCUAUCCUAGGGAAAACCGAGAUUGCCACAGCGUUACUCGAGGAAAAUCCAAGUUUGAGCUCUCUGGCUCAAAGCCUGGCCGAUAAUUCGUGGCCCGCAGACUGGAUCUCCAGUCGUUAUCACUCAUCAAGCGAGAGCGAGGGUUCUUCACCAAGUGAGAGCGAGGGCUACUCAUCAAGUGAGAGCGAGGGUUCCUCACUAAAUGAGAGCGAGGGUUCCUUAUCAAGUGAGAGCGAGGGUUACUCACUAAGUGAGUGCGAGUUUUACUCACUAAGUGAGAGCGAGGGUUACUCACCAAAUGAGAGCGAGGGUUCCUCAUCAAGUGAGAGCGAGUUUUACUCACUAAGUGAGAGCGAGGGGUAA